AUGGCAAGACGGAAACGUGUUUUGGAUGAUGGCGAUGAUUCUGACUCUCUAGACGGAUCUGACAAUCCUGACUUUGACUUUGAAAACGACCCUGAUGCUCGUGAAGAACGCGCACUCUUCGAGAAUCCAUAUGGCCACAAACGAAGACGCAGAAAUGGGAAGGAGGAUGCUCUCUAUGGCGUAUUUGCUGAUAAUAGCGAAGAUGAAGACAUUGGCCGAGGAGGAAAGGCUUCCGCAUCCAAAAGAAGCGACUGGGCAAAGGCGCCUGCUUUUGUUAGUAGCGACAAGCCAGUUACCCAGGAAUCUCUAAACGACGCAAUGGCUGUCGAUGAGUCGGAGGGAGAAGGUGAACGUAGCGCAACCUUUGAAGAAGGAUCAGAUGGUUCUGAUGAAGAUGGUGGUGAGGCUACUGGAUCUGAAGACGAGGGCAAAGAUGAAGGAUCUUCUGACGAAUCUGAACCCUCCAGGGCGCCUUCUCCCAGAGUUUUGAUUGAAGAUGAUAAUGACGAAGAAAUUCCCAGACCUAGGAUGGGGGGCAUUGGGUCUUCGAGUGGGAUAGGAUUGUCAGGGCGCCAACAACCACAAGGGUUUUCCUCAUCAAGAGGUGGGAUAGGAUCCCAAGCGGCCAAAGUUGAAGAAGAGCAAGAUAUUGACAGCCCGGUCCCAGGCGCAUUUGAUACCACAAUGCCCUCAGCCUUUGGUAAAAAAUCCCAGAGUUUUACGCGUGCUUUUAACGCCUCACCCAGCCCCGUCGCAUUGCCAGCUGCAGAAAUGGCACAUUUCAAUAAAAUUCAGGGCUCUUUCGGUGCUCGUAUGCUUGCUAAGAUGGGUUGGCAAGCGGGUUCAGGCCUUGGUGCCAGUGGAGAGGGAAUUGUAAUUCCUAUUGAGAGUAAAUUGCGACCGCAGAAGAUGGGCAUUGCUUUCAAAGGGUUCAAGGAAAAGACGGAACAAUCGAAGCUAGAAGCCAAGAGGCGAGGAGAGGUUGUCAGUGACGAUGAAGAUGCGAAAACUAAGAAAUUCAAGAAAAAGGCCAGGGAGCAGCAAGAGAAACGCUCCGACGCGUGGAAACGCCCAAAGAAAGUCAAAACGAAGAUUGAGCACAAGACAUAUGAACAAAUUCUUGCAGAAGCCGGCGAAAUUGCCCCCAGUUCUGGAAUCGGUCAAAUAAUCGAUGCUACAGGCGCUGUGCCCAGGGAGGUGUCUUCGUUGGCAGAUGUUUCCAUAAAUUCAUGGGCACCAUCCAAUGACCCGACACGAAUACCAGAAGUGCGGCACAAUAUUCGCGUAAUUGCCGAAGCCUGUAAAGAAGAUUUGGACGGGCUAGCUAGAGAAGCAAAAGCUCUCCAUGAACGUAAGAAAUUUGUCGCGGUUGAAGAUGCACGGUUGCGUAAGAGAGUCGAGGACGAAGCGGACUUGAUUUCUAGACUCCAACAGAUUCAAAUCGUCGCCAAUGAUAUCCAAACCAUUGCCAAGGAGUUGUCCUCCUUAUAUGAAGUUUCUUUGGACCCUCUUUCGCCUCCGAUUCAAAAAUUAAUCAAUGAAUAUUCUUCUGAAUACGAUAAAUACGCUCUCGAUGACAUCGUUGUUGGCGCGAUUGCACCAGUAAUGCGUAGAAUUGUCACCAGUUGGAACCCGUUGGAAGAUCCAUCAUCUUUCCUUCCCACCUUCAGAUCCUGGCGCCGUGCGCUCAAAAUUAACGAGGAACCUGCUCCUGAGACCAAACUGGAUCUUUAUGGUUCGAAAACAAUAUCCACGAGGCCAACCGAAUUAGAACAACAGAUGACUCCCUUUGAGAGCUUACUGUGGAACGUAUGGCUACCAAAAGUUCGAACUUCGAUAAACAAUGACUGGUCACCAGAGGAGCCCAAUAAAGCCGUCAAACUGUAUGAAGCAUGGUCAACAUUCCUUCCCUCCUUCAUCCGCGAUAACCUCUUGGAUCAACUCAUCCUUCCCAAGGUGCAGAAGAGUGUAGCCAAUUGGAAUGCAAAAUUAGCGACGGUGUCCUUGCAGACUAUUGUAUUCCCUUGGUUACCCCAUGUUGGCUUGCGGAUGGAAGAAGUCGUGGGCGACGCCAGGCGUAAGAUCAGGAAUGUUCUCAGACAAUGGAUCGUCAGUGAGCCGAUCCCGACAGACUUGGUUGCCUGGAAAGACGUGUUUGAUGCUGGCGAAUGGGAUGCUAUGAUACUCAAAUAUGUUGUACCCAAACUUGGGGCAACCCUACGCAACGAUUUCCGGAUCAACCCACGGGACCAGAAAAUGGAUAGCUUACUGCGCGUUUUCGCGUGGUCCAGCAUUAUACGCACAUCUGUUAUGUCUCAAAUUCUGGAAACCGAAUUCUUCCCUAAGUGGCUGGAUGUUCUCCACAUCUGGCUAACUCAACCUCGCGUUAAUUUUAAUGAAGUCGCGAUGUGGUAUGAAUUCUGGAAGGACACAUUCCCUGAGGUCCUUCGCAGUUUACAGGGAAUCAAUCGAGGGUUUACUCGUGGCCUGCAAUUGAUGAACAAGGCUAUCGAGCUCGGUCCUGAUGCACCAACAAAACUGGCUAAACCCGAUUUCUUGGGAGAAAUUUCAAUACCUAGUACCCCCAGGCGAAGCGAAAAGGACAAGGGCAGAACGACAAAACCCUCCGCUCGUACACACGAAAUCACGUUCCGUUCCAUCGUCGAAGACUUCGCGGCAGCAAACAAUCUGUUAUUUAUCCCAACUGGCAAGGCGCAUGAGCGGUCACGAAUGCCACUCUUCAGGGUUAGUCGAACAGCAGAUGGACGAAAGGGGCUUCUAGUAUAUAUUCUGGACGAUGCUGUUUGGGCGCCAAAGACGGAUGGCGCAAACGUUGAAGGAGAGGAAUUUAAAGCUAUUAGUUUAGAGGAUAUGAUAUUGCGAUCGGUUUGA